AUGGUGCCUCAGAGCUUGGCCAUCUUGAGCUUCAUCGCGGCUUCCAUCCUAGCCGCAUACCCAGACAUUUGCGCACACCCGACAUUGCAGUUCAAGGCCGUUGUCGCCAAUGCGAUUGAUUGCUCCGCGGCCUGCUCUAAUUCCGCCGCUGGGCUCGUGAAGCAAAUCAGCGACAACAACGAGGUGUGUAUUGCUCAGAGUGGCGUUUGCAUCAGUAAUACAAAUGGUACAGAAAUCUUCCCCUGUUUGAACAAGGUUUGUGGUUCACAUGUCGACCAUUCCUGUAAGUGCGUCGUCGACUUGUUCUUUGUGCGUCACCUCAUGCGCGGAGUGAUCCUGUACAAAAAUGGCAUCGAGCAGCCUUGUACAUGGGACGACGUACCCGGCAGCGUCUUGCAUCGUUACUCGGUGGCCGGAUUCAAGGGUACCUCUUGGGUCAGAGGUGGACUGCAGACAACAGUGAGCUGCCAUGCUCCUGACGACAAGAAGGGCUGCUACUGCGACAGCGCUGGUAAGGCGCAGGGUUGCCACCAGGAUGCAAUCGUCUCCUCGGGUGACUGA